AUAAAAGAUGAAGAUUGGUAUUUUUGGUCAGUGUCUCUCUGAACGGCAGUCAGUUACAAACCCCCAGACAACAUGGAUGACGAUCAGAAAAUGGAUAUCAUCCGGAAGGCUUUCCAGAUGUUCGAUACCACCAAGUCUGGCUUCAUCGAUACCCUGAAGAUAUCCACCAUUCUCACGUCUAUGGGCCAGCCCUAUGACAAGACCGAGCUGCAGACACUCAUCUCGGACAAUGACCCAGAGGGAACGGGCAAGGUGAACUUUGACGGCUUUGCCAGAAUUGCCAGUCACUUCCUGGAAGAGGAGGAUGCUGAAGCUAUGCAGCAGGAGCUGAAGGAGGCUUUCAGGUUGUACGAUCGCGAAGGAAACGGCUACAUCACCACCAGCACCCUCAAGGAAAUCCUCGCGGCGCUGGACGACAAGCUGUCCAAUGCUGACCUGGACGGAAUUAUCGCUGAAAUCGACACUGACGGUUCCGGAACUGUUGACUUUGAUGAAUUCAUGGAGAUGAUGACUGGGGACUAAAUUGAAUGAUGUACCAGCGAAAGCAUUUUCAGGUGUAUUAUCAAAUGAAAUUUAUAAUUUCGCUCUAAUUUAAUUUACUGUAAAUAAAGUGGUUUCCAACCUU